AUGCAGCACGAGGCCAUUCCCUUUGAUCUCAGCCUCACUCCUAUAGCAUCUCAUGCUGAUGCCGAAAAUCUUGCUUUAAGUAGACGCAAGUCAAUGCAACAAGCAACGUCAUCUUCUCUCAGAGUUGUCGAAUCCGCUUCCAGUCUCUGUAGUGUCAACAAUAACGUUCGUCGUCAUAACGAUGCCUCUCGUCCUGAGAAUGCUUUGACAAGCGGGCAAUGUAUGCUUGAGGCAGUGGAGCGGCGGCGUGGCAAUCUAGAACAAAAUCUCUCUGCUUUGGAGCGCGCCAGACGAGGUCGGGCCACUCUGGACUUGCUUGAGAUGCUCGGGAACCAAACAGAUCCGAACCUUGUCGAGCGCGCCAGAAUACGUACCCUGGUCGAUGCCGCUGUCGAGAGCAGACCAUUAUUUAUCAAGGUUAGAAACCAAUUAAUUUGA